AUGCCAUCUACCGAACCUCCACCAAGCUCUCCAACCCCCCACCAACCCGCUCUCUCGCUCUCCCUCACCAUCCCGCUCCUCGCAUUCACCUCCCACAAAUCCCCAACUCCACUCCUCAAUUGCGGAUCCAUAACUUUCAGUCCCGAGGAGCUAGUCGAUGCUAGCUAUGAUUUUUUGGUGGCGAAGGUGAUGAUUUCUAUCGAAAAGAUUCUUUUGUCGCAGAGAGAUGAGGCGCCCAAACAUGCUGAGUGGAUGGAAGGAAUUGGGGAUGGGGGAGAAGGAUCGAUGGGCGAUGGGAUUAUAGGCACCGAGUUUGAUGAUAUUGGUGAUUUUCAUGGGGGGAUUGGGGGAGAUACUCUUCCUCAUGCCCCACUAGGAAAUCGAGGGAGUGGAGUAGGAGACGUAGGCCUAGGGAGCGCAUUGAGACAUGAAGGAAUAUCCAACCUCCGCUGUGGAGUUUUAGAGAUGUUUGGUCAAAGUAAGAGCAAGGAAUUAAGGGAUAAGAAAGAUCGGAAGAGGAGGUGGGAGUUCCAGAUUUAUGAGGAUCCGGUUGAUCGAGAGCCUGGAAGACCUGAAGCUGCGACAAUCUCAAGGCCGUCUAGGGAGAGAUUAGCCAAUGAAAGGGAGCAGAUAGAUGGAGGACAGCGAGUGAGAGAACAUGUGGGAGAGGACCAAGAAAACGAGGAAACGGGGGGGAGUCGACAGAUACAAACACGACCGAAUGAGAAUGUUGGAGAGAUCGCGAACGACGCACAGUCUGGAAAACUCCAUCCUACCAAUUCUUCACUUCCUCCUCCCACACAAUCAAGAACCCCCCUCGCCACUCUCUCCUACCUCCCCAAACCCAAAGAAUGCAAUCCCACCACCCUCUACAUCCACUGGACCCCCGAACCUCUCAUCCCUGCCGAAUAUAUCGAAAGAACCACUCGUAUGUGUCCUACUGUACAUGUCAGCUCAUCAAGAAUCUCACAGUUCCAUCCAUCGACUUCUGGAGAUGAGGAUGGGGAUGGUAGGAACAUAGUCAAAGAAGUUGAUGAUAUACACACGGAGGGUGAAAGUAAAGAAAAAGAAGAAGAAGAAGAAGCAGCCAAAAACCCUCCCAUCCCAACCCUCAGCACCACUCCCACUCCAAACAACCCCGAUGCCAUCAAACCCUUUUCCACAACAUCAACAUCAACAACCCCCGCGGAGUCCGAAAAACUAAAUCUCACAAUCCUCCACGCCUCCUUCCCCACGCACGCGCAAUUUACCGAUGCAUACGGAAACGGAGACGGAGAGGAGAUGAACUCGGAAGGAAUCCGAGAGCUACUGCGAUUUGUACGAGAGAGAGGAGGGAGAGAUGAGUUGAUUGUGGAAUAUGUUCUUUUGUAG